AACUCGUGCAGUGUUUUAUAUCUGAUAAGAGAAAAUAACAAGAAGAAAAAAUAGAAAAGCAAAAAAUUGAACUCCCAAAGUGCUGGAAAAAAAGUUAAGCAAAAAUAAAAGAAUAAAAAAAACAGGAAAGCGCAUGAAAAAGUUUCAAUCUGGAACAAUGCUAGUGUAAAUAAUUAAAUGGCUAAAGAAAUUUUCCGACGAUAAAACAAGACUUGAACUUGUCAAGAAAAAGUUUUUUGCCGUAUUUUUUGCGUUUCUUAAGUUUCAAUUCGAUUUUUUUUCAUUCACUUUUUCUUAUGUUCGCUUCGUAAAUUAAUUUUUUUCCUUGCUUUUCCUUUUAUAACUAACAAACAAGUGAAGAACGUAGUGAAAGAAAAAUUGUGAAUUAAUGGCGAUAAAUUUUUGCUGAGGAUAAAGAAGACACAGCUCAGAGAAGAGAACUCUUGUUUAACACAUAAAGUUAACCACAUUAUCAUACAGGAUACAUCAGGCUCUCGUUGAAGUAAUGAUAAACGUUGAGAAAUAAACAUUUUGUUACGAAGAAAACAUAAAAUUUAAGAAAGGAAUAUACGUGUUUUCUCUUACUGGAAUUCCUUUUGAAUAAAGGGUGGAUAAACAAGCAAUCAAGUCGAUAAAAAUUAAAUAUUUGAAAAUCAGACUAAGCGAGAGUCAGGAGAAGUGAUAACAUAAAAAAAAUUCAAUGCGAAAUGAAACUUGUUAUAAUUUAUUAGCACGCAACUUCAUCAAUCAAUUAACAUAACCAGGAAAACUAGAAAGUGAUUACAUAACGAAAGAAAAAAAGAAUAUAAAUUUAACUUUCACUAAAAGAUCACAGGAAACAGUGAAAUAUUCAGAUAAAAAUUUUCCAAAAACGAUAACCGUGUGGGUUUACCAUAUAACAUAAAAAAACGGUGAGAUCAAUAAGCAACGAAUACUUUCGAAUUUUAAACCAAGAUUUACUCGCGAAAACCCUCGCCACCACCUACAUUACUGCUAAAAUGUUCUGGUAGUCAAGACAGUUUCACCGUGGAUCCAUAUUGUAAUAGUGGAGGAAUUAAUAGUGGUGGACAAUGGCCAAUACCAAAUUGUGGUGGCCCGAUGUGUCAUCACGGCCCGGGACCGGGACAUGGCAGCGGAAUGUCAUUACCCAUGCCUCAUUUUCCCCUUGCACAUGGGCCUUCCAUGACAUCUCUGCACGGCCCAUUGCCACCACCACCAUUAUGCAAUCCUUGCAGUAGUCAGCCUAACAAUUUCAACUCAGUGCCAUUACCAGGACCCUCCCGGUGGGGCCCCCGUACAUCAUGUCCUGUACAUAGUCCCUUUAGAGCUAGGAUACCAAAUGGAACUAUUUGUUCUGGUCAUCAGAUUCCGGUUAACCUAGUAACCGAAACGAAGAAACUCGGUUAA